GGGCUGAAGGCAACAAAGAGAUGACAUAAAGUAAAGCAUAAAUGGAGUACAUAGUAACCUAGAACACGGCAAACAGGAUUCCAGUGUAUCUCAACAUCUCCACCUACUUAAUCCAUCCUAUCACCUGGGCACUUUAAUGCUCAAGAGCAUCAACAACCUGAAGUGUAUAUCAAAAACAUCAACAUUUAUCAUCAUUAACUACGAGUUAAGAAGCCAUCGUCGUCACUAUGUCGACUAACCCCCUGAGCUCGUCGGCCAUCCUUCAACAGAUGGCUGACGCCUUGCCCACUCAUCCCCAAGGCGAUACUACAUCUGACUUGAGCAGCUCCCAUGAAGCCAUAGCCCUGUUUACCCACGCUUGCAUGGCCUCGCUCGGCUUCCGAGUUAUUGGCUUUGACGAGGAUAAACUUGAAGAGGCGAAAUGCCAUGAGCUAGCCCCGCGACUCCCGGCAAAUUGGAAUGCAUCAUUCAACACAUAUGCAUUUGUCUAUGCGCAUCAGCAAUCAGCUCUUCGCUAUGUCAUCAGAACGGAUCGCUUGGGAGGCAAAGCAGAGAUUCGUGGACUUGGAAUCCAUGACGAACGUAUCACACGAGUGGAGGUCACUAUCAAAGAUUUUGUCUCUAACGCAGCUCUUCCCGUUAGAAUAACUGUUAACGACGAUGGAGAGGACCGCUCUAGCCUACCGCAAAAACUGCAAAAUGUCUUCAUCUCGCAAAGCCGCAUCGAGGAUUUAGCAAACCUUAUCAAGAUCAACAUAAUUCAAAAACUUUUGCCGUCCCUACAGAAGGAAGGCUAUGAAGAAUCACCCGAUGAUAGAGCUGCGCGCGAAGAUGCCGACGAGGCGGGUCGGAGACCUCCGAGACAGCCCGUUAUGCCGGACCCACUGCCCCAGCCAGCUCAGCCAUAUCCACUACAUGAUCCACUUAGCCCGCCUCCCCGUAACCCCUUGCCGGUUGGCGAUUUCCCACCCCCGGGAUUCGAAGACCCUUAUGACCUCAAUCGCCCGGUACGCGGGCCAUUGAAUCCCGGUUUCAGUCCUUUUGGCAAUGUCGGGGCUGAUGAUUUACACCCACCCGGAUUGGGUCCACAUGAUCCGCUACGUCCGGGGCUGGGUAUAGGUGGAGGACUGCCGCGUCUCGGUGGGGGUCAGGGCAUGCACCCUACUUUUGAUGAUCCUCUUUUCAGAGGUCCAGGUGGUGGCAGUGAGGAAUUCGAUCCUCGGGUACCACCAGGAGCUCGCUACGAUCCUUUGGGCCCGGGAGGACUUCCAAGAUUAGGAGGUCGUAGGCCAGGCGGCGGUGGAAACGGACCUUUUGGAGGCGGAUUUGGUGGUUAUGGUGGCUAUGGUGGAGGAGACAUCAUCUAAUACAUAGUACGAUACGGUGCGUAUGUACCUGGGUAGUUCCUGAAGGUACUUUUUGGGGUGCGAUUGGAUGAGGGUUAUAACAAUCCUCGGAAGGAGACUGUAAUACUUGAUUGUAUGAUUACGAUCCCUCACUAUCACUACUAGUAUCUUCCAAUAAAAGAGGGCUUUAAUGAAAACACUACUAUCCAGGGGGUUCGACUUUUGCAUGCAUCAUAUCAUUAGUAUAA